UCCAUCGGCGCUGCUGAGUCAUCACCAUGGCAACGUGGUAGCGCGCCAACUUGUAAACGUUUUUAGGUUGCCGUUGAACGUCAUCAUGUUAGCUUGUAACAAACUGCUGUUUCCUGAACGUUGAACGAAAAUGGCUGACAUUUUAUCGCUGAAAGAAUCAGUUUUGGUAUAUUUAGACAGAAGCGGUGGCCUUCAGUCACUGGCGGAAGACUGCAAACCGUUCAACGACCCCCAACACACUGAGGCGGUCUACAGGUUUUGUAUCAGUGUGAAUCCCUCCGAUGUGAUAGAGGUGGAUCCUGUAUUGGGUGACUGUGUUCUGCAUGAUCCUUUAAGGGCGACAGCACUGUUUCAGUCUGUUUGCUUCUUGGCCAUAAAGACACUUUCACUUGUUGAAAAAAUACACACAGAGAGUCAGGUUAAUGUCAUACUGAAGUUGACACACCUGCCUCCAUUCCCUGAGUACAUGUUGGACCUCUGUAGUUUUCCUCGUGGGUAUGGCCUGAUGAGACCUGUCUCCAUGGAGGGCCUGGUCAUUGCCAUGACGAGGGUCACGAAAUACACCCAGGGGGCCAGGUUCCUCUGCAUUAAUGAUGACUGUCCCUGCUCUACAGGUUUUCACCACAUUCGUGUCCAUGCACCUGGAGCCACAGAGUCAGCUACUGUGAGAAACCACUUCAGCUGCAUGAUCUGCAGCUCCCCACUGAAAGAAGAUGUAAAGUUUAGAGUGCUGGGAGACAAACAGCUUGUGGAGCUGAUCCAUGUCAGAGCACUGGAUGGUCUAAGUACCCAUCAACAAAACUCACUCAGAUACCAGUCUGUCACCCUGUUUCUCAGAGAUGAGCUGUGUAACUCAAUGAGAAUCGGUCGACUCUACAGGGUGUUAGGCAUUCCUGCGCAUGUGCACCAAUGGCCCAGCAUUACCUGGAGUGUAGAGGCAAACAGUGUCCAACCGUGGGAGCCAGAGUAUCCCCUUCAAGUCAGUGCCAGCUUCCAGGAGCUGUUGAAGGCCACAACUGGUUCUCCCUGGAGGUUCUCUGCCAUUGUGGCUCAGUGCUUUGGGUCGGACGUGGCUCCUCCAGGCCUCUACAGUACCUUGAAGCUGGGCUUGUUGCUCAGCUUGGUGCAGACUAGAGCAGAUGCAAAAGAUAAAUUUAACAACUUGGAUCUCCUGGUUGCCACCACUGACACUCUCAUAGUGGACAGACUAAUGACAUACAGCCUGAGCUUGGCAUGUCGUGGGGUCAGGCAUCAGGCCUCAGGGGAGAUGUUUGCAUCCAUGUCCCGGGACGAACACGGAGCAGGCACUGCUAACAUCCAUGCUGGCUCUGCCCUGCUAGCCACUGGUGGCAUUUGCAUGUUGGGAGAUCUGGGCUGUUACAAAAAGGACAGGUUGGAUGCCAUUCAGUCAGUUCUGGAGAGCUGCACGGUGUCUGUGUUCAUCCCAGGGAAGAAAUAUGGUGAGGAUGCCGACCAGCACCUUUCCUUCCCAGUCCAGUGCAGCUUCUGGGCCCUCACGGAUGCCUCUCGACGGUCUGGGAGGGCAGACUGUGCCAUACUGGGAACAGCAGAAAUGGGUCCCGUACCAGUUCAGCUGGCAGACGCAUUUGGCCUGGUCAUUCAGUGUAGGGACAUGGUGGGAGAGCAGACCCUACUGGCCCAGACCAUCCACACCCUCCAGCAGGCAGUACAACUGCAACAACCUCUCGACUCAUCCUGCUGGGAGUUUUCUACUCAAGACUACCAGGAGCUAGUAGCUCUAGCACAGAGUUUGCAGGUGGAGCUUAGCCCUGGAGCAGAGAAAAUAAUCCAUGGUUACUACAUGGCCAGCCGUAGAGCACGGACACAGAGUCAGGUUGUCAAGAUGUCUGUGGCCUCAAUCAAACUACUGAUUUCUUUGGCUGAGGCCCACUGCAAGUUAUGUCUCAGAACACGAGUACUGGAGGAAGAUGCUGUGAUUGCUGUGCUCCUCUGUGAAAACUCUGUCACUCUCAAGCAUGGGGCCUCUGCGCUUGUUAUUCCACCAGAUGCAGUGUUUCCUUGUGACCUGGGAGAUAUGGAUGGUUUGCACAGGAGAGACGUGACCCUGGAUGAGCUCCACCAGAAUAUCCUACGCUUCAUCUACACCUACGCACCAGGAGCAGACACAUACAUCACAGAGGAGUAGGACCUCUCCAAAGGUUCAACACCACAAUGUUCGAGUCAAAUGGGCAAUAUAGGUGGUGGCCAGUAUCAACACGUCGAGUUUGGACAGCUUGGUGUCCGGCGGAACGGACGGCAAAGUCCUUUGUAGCUCCAGGAACGCGGUUCUCAGGGUUUGCACUCGGCUCCUCUCCCGCGCUGCGUUAGCUGCUGCCGGGCGUCCUCUGCCGCCGAGCCCGCCGGUCUGGAGCACCCUGGCCCGCUGGAGCUCCCGACGACGACCGUCCGGACUGGGACUCGAGCUCGGACUGGAUGCAGGGCUGUCAUCCACCACCGCCCCGGAGCAAUUACCGCUGUCCAUUCGGAGCGUCUGUCUUCCAACCAUCGGGGUGCACUUACAGACCUGCAGAGUUACAUCACAAGUCACUUUUUGUAGUUUAACUAGGCCUUAUAUUGCACGUUUUAUUGAGCUAGAAUUAUAAUCGACAAGACUAUUUUAUAGACAACUUAGGAGUUAUUUAUUGUAGUCUAUACGCAUCUGUUUUAUCUUUAACUUAACUUUUAAUUUAUAUGUUAAUUGAAGUUAUUGCCUUUGCAUUUAUUUAUUAAACCAUAACUUAAGUCUA